AUGGCGUCGACGCAUCUGACGACCCCGGUGCACUCUCACCCCCUGUCUCCAGACGAAGCACCACCGUCCACAAGAGGUCGACGAACUCGCGGUAGUCAAGGUCCAGGGAGCGAACCCAGGCCAGCCUCCAACUAUUUCACCCUCAAAGCACAGCUAGAGCAGGACUCUCACUCCCCUCGCCAGUCCAACUGGGAUGGAAGUGUACGGGGAUAUGGAAAGGCGGACAAAAAUAAGACUGUGGAUGCGCGGGGAGCUUUGAGCGCUCUGGCCGCUCAGACGCUGGGCUCGCCGUCCAGGACGAAGACGGCGCCGCUGCUCACGCCCAACGCGGACGCAGUGAGCUCCCUGGUGGCCCCAAAGAUCAAGCUUACCCCACACCCGGACUUAACGACGACCCCAGAGUUCGACCCAGAAUAUAUUGGUCAUGACGUCGUGAGCAGGAUCACGGAUACCAAAUGGCACGAAUAUUCGGACGACGAGAUCCGGUCGACGAUACGGAAUACAGUCCACACGGAUAGCGAAUCACCCGAGGCACCAUACUAUACCACUAUUCGGGCCCUCUCCUCAGCAUACCACACACUGUGUCGAGCCCACCUCGAAUUAGAAGAAACGCGACGGCUCAUCAACGAGAAAGAGGCGGCGAGGCGCAAACGAGGCGAAGCUUUAUUGAACGAACUUCAACCUUCCGAGAAAGACAUCGCCAGACGCGUAUUCCAAUCUAUAUUCACCGACGAUGACGAAGUACAGCAUCAAGUGAAAAGGAAGCAAAGCGUCAGGUCCCUUUCCGAAUCCUUGGUCGAGGCCAUGGCAGACGACGGGCAUCUAUCCAGAAGUAUACCCGAAUCCAGCAUUUUAGCUCCCAUGCCGGAGGAAUCACCCACCGAGGAAGAUACUUCGCCCGAUUUCUCAGAAAUUGCGACACAACCCGACAAGCGCAGCGUGAAUGAGUCGGUGCACGCACUAGAUAGUACACAAGACGUCAAGACACCGACAGCUGGGAAGGCUCGACCUGAACGCCCUGUAUUUGGAGACUGGAUGGGCACCUGGUGGGGUAAAGAAACCGCGUCGUUGAGCUCGGAUGCUGCCUUGGUCAAUGGGGCACCAUCUGCCAUCUCGUCGCCUAUUCAACCAGCAUUCCAACCGCUACCUGCCGCGCCUCUGAUUACAACGACGAUGGAUACCCCAUCAUUGUAUGAAGAUACAAGCAAAGCAGCGUCACUAUCCGACAGUCAACAAACAGGGCCACCACCGCAAGGGUCCUCUCUCCGGGCCAUAACCAAUGCAAUGCGCGUCAUGACAUCCGACCCCAACAGCAUUCUAGCAGAUCAAGGCAAGGAGACCAGCCAAAUGAUUGGCCAACUCGCCCUGGAACUGGUCAAGAAUGCUCGAGAUCAAGGUGUUUCUGAGCGACAUCCCAGGGAACGCAAGGAGAAGCCUGUAGAAUCUGCCCCGGACACCCCUUCCGCAGUCCUCAGUUCCAGCCAUGCAGUCGACGCGGCGUCGGUGCUCAAUCGAACUCUUUCCCGGGAAGCUGACGUGAAACGAAAGAAGCGGGGCCCCUCGAUGAUGAUCACUCAACCCUUUGUUUCUCCUUUGUUCGGUAGUCUACUUGGACAACAGUCGAAGAAGCCUUUGCAUGCUCCGGACAAAGUUGCGGGAGGGAACUCCCAGGAUGCGAAUCAUUCGAAAUCAGGUUCGGGUGCACCUCCAGCGGCGGUACCUGCGACUGCGAAACCUCCAUCUCGAUCCGUCCCUCUCGAGUCGAUCAUCCCAGCAAUGGAGAAACCUCCGACACACUACCUAUCCCGCACCUAUACGCCUUUAACGGCGCGCGACUUCCGCUUUACGAUUCCACUACCUAAUUCCGCUUCACGAUUCACGAUCUAUCACGACGACCAACAUCAGCGCCCUCUAACCGACCGAUUUGGUUUCAUGUACGACGUCUCUCAGUACGACUUUUUGCUUCUUCUUCGAGCCAAGGAGUGCAAGAAUACUGCUCCCGCGUGUUUAACGGGGGUGAAGAUUGCGGAUAGGGAGGAGAAUAAUACGUGGCCGGAUGAAGAAGAUGAUGAAGAGGAGAGUUCCAAGUUGACGAUUGAUAUCGUGAAGGGGCCUUGUAGCUGUGGCGGCGACCAGGAGGUUGCAGCGAGUUUGGGGAGCAGGCAUGAGUCGUCGACGUCUCCCGUUCCGGAUACGGUGUCGAUGAUCAGCAACAAGUCGCGGUCUUCUUCGAAGAGCAGGAAGCGCGCUUCGACGGUUAUGUCGAGUGCGGUACCUUCGUCCAUGGCUACCUCUACCACCUCCAUCCUAUCCGUCACGUACGGUACCCCUCGUCAUGCGUGUGCCAGCACUGUCCGACGCCUCCUCGACGAGCUCACCGAGAUCCAUGAUGAGCGACAAGAAUCCCAGCGCAAAGAAUGGGAUAUCUUUGUUCGCCAGCGGAGUAGAGCCAAGUCUGUGAAACCGAGCUCUGCAGCUGCUGGUACUGGUGGUGUAGCAUCUUCGGUUCCCACUGGCGCAGCAGCGAUCCUCGGUCUCGGAACAGCAGACGAAGAAGACGAGCUGGCGCACAGCGAAGGGCUCAUCGGGUUCGCACAACUGGGGCUCACCUCCAACCGCGACCAACGGCGUGAAUUCGAUCGUUUGAUUCGGAGCGGUAUACCCCUAGUCUAUCGAGCCAAGGUGUGGAUGGAGUGUAGUGGUGCGUUGGAGAUGGAGGAGCCUGGGUUGUUCCAGGAUUUGUUGUCGCAGCCUGCGGAUGGGCCGAAUGGUGCCGUUGUGGUUGAGAUUGAUAAGGAUGUGGGGAGGACGAUGCCGUUGAAUAUCUUCUUUGGUGGGGAUGGAGCUGGGGUUGUCAAGUUGAGGAGGGUGUUGAUUGCGUAUAGCCGGCGGAACCCGGCGGUGGGGUAUUGUCAAGGGAUGAACCUUGUUACAUCUACUCUGCUCCUUGUGCAUGCGGAUGAGGAACAGGCGUUCUGGAUGCUCGCGGCUAUAGUGGAGCGUCUGCUUCCCGAAGACUUUUUCUCGCCCUCGCUCCUCCCCUCGCGCGCCUGCCCGCUCGUCCUGCUCGACUACGUCCAACAGCACCUCCCCAAACUCCACGCCCAUCUCGCUGAACUGGGCGUCGACCUCGGAGCGAUAUGCUUCUCGUGGUUCCUCUCGUUGUUCACUGAUUGUUUGCCCGUGGAGACUCUUUUCAGGGUGUGGGAUGUGUUUUUGGUGGAUGGGUUGGAUGUGUUGUUUAGGAUUGCGUUGGCGAUUUUGAAGGGGAAUGAGGGGGAGUUGUUGCAGUGUCGUUCGAUACCUGCUGUCUAUGUUGCUUUGGAGAAUUUGCCGACGAGGAUGUGGGAGGCGGAUAAGUUGUUGCAGAUGGAAGCGGACCUUCGGGCGACACUCGUCCACUCGGACAUUGCUAGUAAACACAAACACCAUGUUUCGGCUCUCAGUCAACUUGUUACCUAG